GCAUGGCGCGGCGUGGCCUUCUUUGGCGCCGGCGCGCGGCGGAGUAGCGGGCGGAGCGCCGCUAGCGACAAAUGUAGAUUGAGCUUAUUCUUCCUUUCCUCGCUCUUCUUUCUUCGAUGCGCCCGCUCGCCGCCGCCGCCGGGGCGAUCGCCCGGCGCUGGAUUAGGUCUGCUGCCUCGCAUCUUUCUUUCCUCCUCCUCGCAAGGUCUUAGGCGAGCGGAAUUUCGGAGAGCGAUGGGAGGAGAGCUCCUGGCGUGAUGGCACGGGGCAAUGGAUCGGUCGUAGCAGCGGCGUCUCUAGCCAUAGAAUGGAUGAUCCUCUCCUUUUUGUGACGAGCAGGAAUAGCAGCGAUGACGAUUACAAAGAUCCGGCGCCUUUCUUCCACGGGGCCGGUUGCGCGAUUGGUCUGGAUUGCCGCCUAUCUCAGCGUCACGCUCGCGGCUCUCAUGUCGACCUAUUUCUUCCCAGCGCUCCAUUCCCUGCUCCUGGCCAGCAAGGAGCAGCGAUUUCCAGCCGCGAUUGGGGAUCUUGGCGGGGCGCAGCAGCAGCAAAUUCAUGGCCGCGAUCCCAUGAAGUGGACGUGGGAGGAGGCGCCUCUCCAUUUCUUUCGAGGAACAAAGCAGGAUUCGAGCUCCAGUCUUGACAAGAAGCUGUGGAAGCACCCACCAAACCGGGGAUUUGUGCCUUGCGUGUUGCCGAGCCGGAAGUAUAAAGCUAGCAAGGGGCCAUCAAGAGGCUUCUUGGUCGUCCAGAGCAAUGGAGGAUUGAAUCAGAUGCGCGCUGGGAUUUGCGACAUGGUAGCAGUAGCGAGAAUUUUGAACGCAACCCUCGUCAUUCCGGAGCUGGACAAGCGUUCCUUUUGGCAGGAUUCUAGCAAAUUUUCAGACAUCUUUAAUGAGGACUACUUCAUAGAGGCACUAGAGCAGGAUGUAGAUAUUGUCAGGAAGCUGCCCAAGGAGGUUGCCGACCUUCCGAAGUCUCGCAAGCAGUUUAGGAGCUGGUCCAACGUGAAGUAUUACGAGGAAGAAAUUGCUCCCUUGUUCGACGAAUACCAGGUUAUUCGUGCGGUGAAGUCGGACUCGCGGCUAGCGAACAACGGUUUGCCGGGUGACAUACAAAAGCUCCGGUGUCGAGUUCACUAUGACGCGCUUCGUUUCUCCUCUCGCAUAGAGGAAUUCGGAAAGAUGCUCGUGGACAGGAUGAGGAUGCACGGACCGUAUAUUGCUUUGCAUCUUCGCUACGAGAAGGAUAUGCUAGCCUUCAGCGGCUGUACGCAUGGGCUUACUCAAGACGAGUCAGAUGAGCUUGCAGAUAUACGGGAGAUCACAGCCCAUUGGAAGGUAAAGAUUAUAAAUGCCACGGAGCAGCGAGCCAAGGGCUUCUGUCCUUUAACACCCAAAGAAGUUGGCAUUUUCUUGCAAGCGCUAGGAUACCCUUCGGCGACCCGAAUUUACGUUGCGGCAGGAGAGAUAUAUGGUGGGAACGAGCGAAUGCAGGAGCUACAGGCACGGUUUCCAAACUUGAUGAGAAAGGAAACAGUUGCUACGCCGGCCGAGCUCGCACAAUUCUCGAGGCAUGCAUCGCAAAUGGCGGCUUUGGACUACAUCAUGUCAGUCGAGGCUGACGUCUUCGUGCCAUCCUACUCGGGAAACAUGGCCCGUGCAGUGGAAGGCCACAGGAGGUAUCUCGGUCACCGAAAGACGAUAAUACCAGACAGGAAAGCGCUGGUCGAUCUGAUCGGCAAGACCGAAAGUGGUGUGCUCGAGGACGCGGAGCUGUCAAAGAGGAUCAUAGACAUCCACAAGCGCAGGCAAGGCGCUCCUAGGAAACGAAAAGGCCCUGUCGUGGGUAGCAAAGGCAAGGACCGCUUCCGGACCGAGGAAGCGUUCUACACGAAUCCUCUCCCGGACUGCCUGUGCAAUAAGAACUCCGACGACGACAACGCUAGCUCGCAACAGCAACACACAAACUACACAAUCGACGCUGUAAGUAAUCACCACCCCCAACUCGAAUAGAAGUAAGUGUCAAUGUUUUUUCUUCCUUCUCUCUUUCCUUUCGAGAGAGAAACCAUUGAAAAGAACAGAGAAUUUUGAUGAUCAA